AGAUUUUGUAAUUGAUUUAGUUCUUCUAAAUCAUUUCUCAGCGUAACAACAACUGUGCACCCACCAGCGCACCACACAAUCUUGGGCACAGGCACAGGCCACAAGCACGGCACCACCACCAACAGACAGACAACGUCGAGCGAGCGAGUGAAAAGACGCGCGUUCAAAACGUUCAAAAAGUGUAAAAUUUGUUGAAACGCGGCGAGUUUGCAGCAACUUCCUUCGACAACUUCGGAUCAACUGCUGUGAAUCCCAUACAAAUUAACCUUAAACAUGGAUGAUUUAAACAAAGAACAAAUUGUUCUCCUUCGCAAUGCCUUCAACGCCUUCGAUCCCGAGAAGAAUGGCUACAUCAACACCCAGAUGGUGGGCACCAUCCUCAGCAUGUUGGGCCAUCAAUUGGACGAUGCCACAUUAGCGGAAAUCAUUGCCGAAGUCGAUGAGGAUGGCUCCGGACAAAUUGAAUUUGAGGAAUUCACAACAUUGGCUGCCCGUUUCUUGGUUGAAGAGGAUGCCGAGGCAAUGAUGCAGGAACUCAAAGAAGCCUUCCGUUUGUACGACAAGGAGGGCAAUGGCUACAUUACCACCGGUGUGUUGCGUGAGAUCUUGCGCGAAUUGGAUGACAAGCUGACCAAUGAGGAUUUGGACAUGAUGAUUGAGGAAAUUGAUUCUGAUGGUUCCGGUACUGUUGAUUUUGAUGAAUUCAUGGAAGUCAUGACUGGUGGUGAUGAUUAAAUACAGCAGCCAUUCUAUGUUAGGCGAUUGGCCCCGCGCAGCUCCUCCACCUUGAACAAUCUGUUUAUGUAAAACACACACACACACACAAACAACCAAUCCGUUUCUACAUGUGUACCUAUGUAUACGAUAUAUCAAAAUUAUAUAGUUACUAUACAUAUAUAAUGAAUGCCUACAUAAAUAUAUACUCUGUGAAGAUAUUUUGUAAAACACCAUUACACACUCAACAUUUUUUUUUAAUUGUUAUUUACAUAUGAACAACAACAAACUAAACUAAUUAAUUGAUAAUGAAAAUAAACAAAAAGAAAAAAACAUACAACAACAACAAUAACCAAACCAAAGCUCCAAAAUCCCAGAACUUAACUAUAAUUCCCAGAUCUGAAUGAGUUGACAACACUUUUGUUGCUGACAGAUUAUGUGGAUUUCGAUUUUGCCACGAAAUGCCACUGCAUGCCCUCCUACACUCUACCUCUCCGAUUGAAUGACACUUAAACCACAUAAUUCUUGGGGCUCAGAAGAUAUGGCAUCUCUCGGCCUACCUCUCACUUCUCCGUCAUUGACAACCAAGCAGACAAGCAAUUGUCACUAUUGUCGUUGUAGAUCUUUUGUCACAUGGUGAGAGAACACAUGUUAAGUGUCAAAAUGCAUUCUUAAUCGUCUCUGUUCUCUGUUCUUAUUGUCUUGUGAGGGGUAUUUUGUCUUUCGGAAAUGAUUGAUUGACACUCAAUCGAUGGCAUUCACCACCUGUAAACAUUGUCUCCCUUGGAAGUUAUUAAUUUAUCUUUUUUUUUUUAAUAAUUGAUUUUAAAUUUCCGCAUUUUUUGUUUUCCUUUUUUUUUAUUUUUUGAAGUUGAAUUGCAAAUGCAUUGUGGUAUGGUUUUCAAUACAAAACAAAAAAAAGAACACAAAGAACACACACUGAGAUCUUUGAUAACUGAUUGUGCCUUUUUUGUACGUAUUUAGUAUUCAUAAACGUUAUUGAUACACAUUUUUAGUGAUAUGUAAUUGUUGAAGAAUGAAUGAAUGAAUGAUCGAAUGAUUGGUUAUGGAUAACAAACAUUUCCAUGGAUUACAUUAAUGUUGAAUAAAACAAAAUGCAAAUUUCGUUAGCAAACUAAGCCAGAUGAGGUUGAUACAAAACUA